GUUUCGCCGCCGCCAUUUUCCGCUCGGCGGUGGCGCGGGCGGCAGUGCUGGGAUCAAUGGGGCUCCCUCGCAUGGAUGGGCGGCGAUAGAAGCGGUCAGGAGCGAUGAGGAGCCGCAGCGGAGCCCCUGGGGAUUCCCCGCCGCAAGGGAUUGCUGCAGCUCUGAAGAGGAGGAGUAGCAAAAGCUCACCAGAGUUCUGACAGAAAUGGCUUUCCCCUGGAAUUUCCCUGGCAGUGUUAGAUCUGCAGAGGACAUCCAGCUUUAGACAGGAAUCCUGGAGAUGAACACAUUUUAUCACAUUUCCUCAGACAGUGGGAGGUGCUGAACAAGUAACGUGGCUUUGAGUAUGCCUCCUGUAGGAGACUCCUUUGUUCAGCAGCCAGAGGCACCCGGGAGCCUGGUGUGAUUCCCAGAGUGGGAUUGUUGUUGUCCCUGCAGCAUGGCCAGCAAGGAUCCAAGGAACAGAAGCAAAAUGUUCCUUUUGCAAGCAGAGGGGUUUGCUUGUUAAUCUCCACGAGCACCCCAAUGGAUGUGCCAGUGCCUCUCUGUCAGCUUGUGUGCCUCACAUUUCUGUCUGCAGCUGUUUGCAGCCAGCCUGAAAGAAUUUUGGAGGGGCUUCCUUACAACCUCCAGAUGGACUCCCACAAUUUCCAGCACAUUUUGUCCUGGCAGGCAGAACAUGACCCAGCUGUGCCAGCAUCCUACAACGUUCUCUACAGAGACCGCAGGCAGAAGCCAGAGCUGGAUGAGUGCUCAGCAGUGCUCAGGCAUUGCCCAGCUCUCCUGUGAGCUGACAGAGGAGUUCAAGGACACAUCCACUGAGUAUUCUGCACUUGUUCAGAGCACUGGAGGAGCUCAGGUGCUCAAUUCUUCUGUGCUGCGUUUUGUGCCACUCACUGAGACAAUUCUGGGACCACCAGAAGUGACUAUCACUUCCUGUCCAAAUUGCCUCAAUGUCACCAUAAAGCUGCCAUCCUCUCACUUCAGAGACAAGGGGAAGCUGCUGUCUUUAAUUGAUAUCUAUGAAGAGAUGGAUUUUGAUAUCACCCUGAAAUCACAGGAUGGAGAGCACAAGAGGCCACGGCAGAGAACCACUGCAGAGGUGUUUAGUGUUCUCAUUGAGGAGUUGUAUCCCAGCAGGAAUUACUGUGUGUCUGUGGGGGUCACUGCAUCCCUGAACAAGAAUUCUGUCCCCUCCCCCUGGAAAUGUGUCACUACAGACUCGGAGGCUCAGCAAGGGUAUCACGAAGCUGCAGUGGCAGGUGCUGUCUGUGUUUCACUGAUAAUUGCUGCAGUCCUGAAGUGUGCGCAUAGAGCAGGUUUUAUCCUCCCGAAGUUUUCCCUUCCUCAGACCUUGGCAUGCAUCAGGAAGUUGGCCUACUCCCCUUGGGUGUCUGAGUCAGAAACAGUGGCCUCUGUGGAGAUCAUCCCCAGAGAGGUGAAAAGCAAGGCCAGGGGCUGCAGAGGCAGUGCCAGUGAUGACACUGACAGUGACAGUGACAGUGACAGCAGUGCCCUGUGUGACCACAACUACACGAGGCGGGGCAGGCUGGGCAGGGGCAGUGUCCCCCAGGGCUGUGACACCCCCAGCAGCCUGGGGCAGUACUCGGUGAGCAGCACCUGUGAGCACAGCAGCAGCCAGGCUGGGGACACGCCAGCUGCUGAGCCACAGGAGCCCCAGGGGCGCCCUGAAGGGGACAGGGACACGAGGAGCGAGUUCCUGAGCCCUCUGUCUGGGGACAGCUGUGAGCCCCAGGGGGACGGUGAGUGCUUCACCAUCAGCCUGCACACGGUGCUGCUGGGAACCCUGGAGCAGGACGGGCACAGCCCUGCAGCUGCUCCCCCAGCCCGGGAGGAUGCGGGUGACUGGCACUGUGCUCAUGCUCUGGAGGAAAAGCUGCUGGAGGACACGGGAAGUGAGCAGGGAGCGCCUUGUUCUAGUGACUUCCAUGAGUGGCAAAACUCCUCCUGCUGCUCUGAGGAAAGCGACUCUUUGGACUCAGACACAGAGCAAGUAACGGGGUACAUGAGGAGAUGAAGAAGGGAGAACUGCUUUUACUUUAUAACAUAGGAAUUGGUGUUGUUCAACUCUUAUUUCUGGACUGAACACACAGAUCUUUGUCCUUUCAUUAAUAUCCUGUGAGUGUGGGCUCCUGCCAAAAGAGCUGGGGGUGUUUGUCUGGAGAAGGAUCCAGAAAGACCUUGGAGCCCCUUCUGUGCCUAAAGGGCCUCCAAAGGUGGAGCUUUGGACAAGGGAUGGAGGGACAGGACAAGAGGGAAUGGCUUCAAACUGAGGGGCACUUCUGGAUUAGAGAUUUUUCCCUGUGAGGGUGGGGAGAGACAGUUUCCAAGGGCUGGAGGGACAGCACCCAGGGAAUGGCUGCCAGUGCCAGAGGGCAGGGCUGGAUGGGAUCUGGGCAAUGAGGAAUUGUUCCC